GGUGAACCACGUCGAGUCGCGAGAAAUGAAACUGACCAAACGUAUAAUUUAGAAACAGGUGAUAUUUUAGUCAUGAAUGCAUUGUUCCUCUCGAAUCCGGAGCCAACUUUCUCUUGGUCCUUCCAAGCAUCACCGGACACCGUUGUUACACCUUUAGUCGACGGAACAGACAAUUUUGCUAUCCAUAACACCUUUGUGAUGAUGAACCUAUCUGCCGUAUCGGUGGGGACACGUACAGAUAUACGGGAGGCCUGGUAUGGAGGUCUACAGUGUAACGGCCACGAACAGUCGGGGCAGUAACACGUUCAGUUUUAUAGUGGAAGGAAAAGACAUGCCGAAACUACCGAAGAGUUUAUCAGUCAGCUGUGGAAAACUCCAUUCCGUCGAAGUGAUGUGGACAAAUGGUGGAAACACCGAGUACUUUCGUGUUUUAUACAGCACCGACAACUUCCUACAGUCAGUUAUAGAUCCAGCGACGAUCUACAAACAGGUGGACGGAAAUGACGUGUACAGUGUAACUAUCGAUAAACUAGAUGGGGGGCAACUGUACUUCUUUAAGGUUGUAGCAUACAACUCGGACGGUAACAUCACAUCACUUGAGUCUUCAGGAUGUAGAGUUCAAGAAGAUACAUGUAUGUCCUCUAGCCCUAACAGCCUUUACGUGACGGGAGUUGUACUGACGUGUAUAUGCGGCCUAAUAAUCAUGGUAACUUUGGGACUUGGAAUCUUCAUCACCCGAAAAGGGCGUCUGCCAUUUCGUUCAAGCAAAUGUCAGCAAUGCAAGAACCAGGGAUUCGAUAAAGUGCAAUUUUCUGGGCGAGCAACGAUUACGCAAGAAGGCGAAAGAUCGUACCAGGAACUUGAUACAAGCCAAGUAGCCAAAGCCUCUGUAUAUUCUGAGAUAAAAACACAAGAAAUUGGAGGUGAGAAUGAUGAUGAAGCCAAUCAGAGCAGUAACUACGAGUCGUUGGAAGGACGGUCCAAACCAAACGUCUAUGAGGAGCUACAGACCGCUUCAUCUGGAAGCAGCGGUUUAUACACUAAUACCACAAUAACAAAGGGCACUGCUUAACAUGACGUAAAACACGUCAUUGCGAAGAUUUACUAUGCUUGCUGGGAAUGUACACAGGCACAAACGCAAAAGGUGUAAUGAGAAGCCGAUAAUCUCCUAGGCAUCGAUUUGUUUUUAUUUGACGCAAAAGUUUGAUGUUAUCAUUUUGCGAGUCGUUGCGACCAGGAAACACAUUUAUGCUUAUUUCAGUGUACUUGCUAAUUGGGAUCGUUCGUGUAAUGUGAGAUCGGCAAUGUACAGGAAGCAUGUCAAUGAGCUAAAGGCGUGCAACUGAAGUUGGUUUGUAGAUGAUUAAUAUAAAAUGCCCAUGCAUCAAAGUUACCAGCAAAGCACCUUUAAUCACUGCAUGUGAUAUCUCGAUUGUGAUAAUAACAAUUCAAGCAGGAUAUAAAGGAAUAUUUUAUCCUUACAUCUGACUUUUAAAAUUUACGAAAUGCCUCAUACCAUUUUAAAGAAACAUGUCAUCGGUAAUGCAGCGUCAAUAAUUGAUUAAUUGUAAACGGAUUUUAUGAAAUGAAAAUUGUGUAAAACUUCUUUGUGACGUCAUAUUUACGUUACUAGCGAAUAAAGCGCCACACGACAGGUUUUCCUGCGCAGAUUCCUUACCUAUUGUAUUCCUGUCACACACAAGAAAUUUUAGAAGACUUUUU